GGAGGGAGGAGGAGACAGGAAAAUGAAAGUAAAACUUGAGUAGUAGCAGGAGAGCUGCCUUAGGAUCAGUGCUGACUAGGACAGCAAGAGAGACACAAGUGUGAGUCUGUCGGCCACGUGGCAGCAUGACCUCCUGGAGAACUGUGACCUCCUGGAGAACUGUGACCUCCUGGAGAACUGUGACCUCCUGGAGAACUGUGACCUCCUGGAGAACUGUGACCUCCUGGAGAACCGUGACCUCCCUGUUUCUUAUCUUGUCCCUGAUUGACCUGUCGCAGGAAGGCUGCUCCGAUCAUUUCAAACUGGCCACAUGGGCCGGAGACGAUCUCAAUCGCAAUUUAACACUGGCACAAAAUAAGGAUCCCAUUGACUUAAUCAACUGUACCCUGAAGCUCUUUUGUGAAAACAAAAAGCCCAGUGAGAAUGAUAGACUGUGUAACGUACUACAUAACUGCUUCGGAUUUCAGAGCGAUGCGCCUCAGAGCGCUGAAAAGAACGAGACGACAUGCGAAGGCCCCAGUUCUCGGAAUAUCUCCUUCUAUCACCUCAUGUGUUUGGCGGCCAAAGCACUGAAUUACCCUCCUGAUGGUAAAGCUCCUGAAGGCUGUAAAUAUGAAAAUGUGUGCGAACUUUAUCCUCAAAUAUCUGUUGAUCAAACAACAACAGCAGCACCGACCACAGUGUCGUCGCCAACGGCAGCGACCUCGACAGUAUUGUCACUUACCACAACACCAGCAACGCCACCAACACCAGGAACAACCACAGUCAAACAUUCUGAUGGACAAGCUAACAGCAGUACAGGCACAAUGGAUGACUCGAUCCUGCGGUACAUGUGUUUGUUAAUCAUUUCUGGCACCCUGAACUUCCUGCUGCCGCUGGCUGUUUUCUUCUGCAUGCGCCGGAGGACACAGCAGAGGACACAGAGCCCAUCUCAACAGCGUCUAAGCCUCUGGUUUCCCCAGGAUGAAUCCUCCAUGUCGGACGAAACCUGCAAUGGUCCAGAUUCCCAUCUACUAACACCGGUAAUAACCAAGCCAAACCGUCCCCUCACCGACUCACCCUCAGCUGAUACAACCAGGAACAGAAACACUUCUGGAAACGGAUUAGAGUCACAUUAAGCACCGUACUCACAACUUUGUAUAUUGUCAUUAUAAAAGAGCCACGGGAUGUAACACAGGACGGAUCAGCUCCACGCAGGACUGAGUGACUGUGGUAUGCAACUGCCUUUCAUGGAGUUGAAACUCUGACUGGAGCUGUUGCCCCCGGACAUGAGGGCGAGUGAGGGUGAACGGGCCGCGGCAUGUCGCUUCUCAGCUGGGAAGGCGAGCUCAUGCAGGACCUCAGCACUCAGUCACAGCCACACAAAGGGACGAGAGGAUUGCUUCAGACCAGAACAAGUUUGACUGGGAGCUGGGGUUUGUGAGCAGCAGGAUAAAAAAGACGACUCUAACCUGUAUUAUAAUCACCCUCAAAACAUUUCAGACGACUAAAGUCUCACCAGACAGUUUGUCUAUUGGUUGAGCUUCAUUAGAAUCAGAGCUGCAGUCACACUGGCAGCGUUUAAGAUGAAUUAAAAAUAAUAUGAUGUGAUAUCAAGGCAACUACAGCUGGCCCUGCUAACCACUGUCAGGUGACAACUAACCUGAUAUUAAUCUGUAAAUCACAGUGUUGAGAUUAUAAAUGUGCACCCUCCGUCAGCGUUCUCACUUUCAGGACGGUUGUUCGUUAGCUUCUAUCCUGCACCAUCCAGAUUUAUAAUAAAACGUUUGCAUGUGAAGUGAACUGCACCACUGGUUGCGGGUUUUGUUAUUUCCACUGCAUGCACUGGUUUUUAACGAGCUAUGCUAAGCUAGGUCUAGUGUUAAAUGUAUGCAACCACUUCCACAGUACUGUACUUUCAGAGUUGUGGCUGGUCCUCACCUUGUGACCCACUUUCGAUGUUUGAGUGAAGACUUGCUUUUAGGGUUUGGAUGGACGGAUUGAUCCAGAGGUCAGUUCAGGGCUGCACCUGGGCCACAUCCCAUGAGUGGUGUCUUGCUUUUCAGAGGUCUUCACAUGGUCUUCAGCAAAACAUACAGUAAAAAGGAUCUUUCAUCACAGUUUCAAUGUUUGUCGAAUAUGUCACAGAUAUAAAUAUUUACCAGACUUACUCUGCCAGUAUUCUGUCGAUUGAAUCUAUUCUAACGCGGCUUUCGUCAAACCAGAAACCUCGUGUAGCAGCUCACAGAUGCAGCAGAUCAGCGUCUCAGCUGUCACACACUGUGGCCAGGCAUUUGGGGAAAGUAGGGAAUGCAUUGUGCCACUGAGUGUCCCUGAGGUUUUGUGUGUGUCCAGGUAUGACAUUAUGGGGACUUGUCUUCCUAAUGAGGACAAAAUAAUUACUGUUUAAGGUUUAGUCUCCAGGAACAAAUGUAAGUCACUGUAAUGUCCGCUGAAGUGAUGGAGACAGACAUCGUGUACUUAACUGUGUUUUCUGCCUUCAAGCUGCAGUACUGAUCUCAGAUGAAUCUCAUUCAAGUGUUUCCCACACCUCUCAGAUUCCAGCACAUUAAUCUACUGAAGUCAGAGAGAGUUAAUGGUUCUGCAGCAAGUCUCAGAAUGUGUUUCAGCAUGUUGUGUAUUGCUACCAGGACACUGAAGCUAUUCCUGGUCUGUUUGUAUAAGUUAACUAAACUGUGAUGUUUGUCUGUUUUGUAAAACUGUGAAGAAAUGCAUGCAUUGUAUACCUGUGUGUAUUUGUAGGUGUAUUCUGAUAGCAGACAUUUUUGGGGAAAGUCAGACAUCGCAGGUAAAAAAAAUCGAUGCAGCUUAAUGUUUCACGUCCGUUUCACUUCAUUUUCUCUACUGACUUUCUUGAUACAACCACUGGGGGGCGCUUAAGAAGUGUAAAAUUCUACACAUGGUAGCUUUAAAAUGUGCAUAUAUGAUAUUACUUAACAAAUAAAUAUACCCUUCUUUGACAUUCAAAAUA